AAGGCGCACGCGACUUUUUGAGCCUCUUCGGCCGCCGUCGGCGCGUCGAAGUAAACAUGGAAGCGUCCCGGACGGAGUACUGCACUGUGCGGGACCAGAGGGACCAGCCUGAGCUCCUUUGCUACUCGCGAGCAGAACACGGACUGUCCAACAUCUGUUUGACAGAUGCAGCCGACGUGUGGAGCACGGAGCACACGGAGGACACGCUCAACCAGUUUAGACAGAGGUUCGCCGUGGCGUCUACGGAGGACUUCAUCGUGAAGCUGAGGGCGGCCUGUGGACGAGGACAGGCGUCCGUCGUGGCGCACGGCCCCAGUGCGGUGGUCCGGGUGCGCUCCGGGUCGGGUGAGCAGAGCGUGGCGCUGUGCAGGCUGGACGGCCCGCGGGCCGCGCAGGAGCUGAAGGAGCAGCUGUUCAGCAUGGCCGCCCGCCUCACUCGGCCUGACCGUAAACGCUCCGCUCACACUCUGCAUCACUCGCCACCCUGCUAUGGAUCCCCCUCUGCCAGUCCAGUCAAAGGUCACCGAGCGCCGCCUGCAGAGUUUAAACCGCAGCAGCAGCAGCAGAACUGGACUCCAUCAAAGGCGAUGAAGAAACGACUUCCGGGUGCUUCGCUCAUCAACCCCGGAGCUAAAAGGUCCAACGUGUCCAGAACAAAUGUUCCAUAUCACAUCACAAAAGCUCCUGCUUUAGUUGUCCAUGUCCUCGACAUCUCUGAAGGAAGCUGCAGGCGACGGGCGUCGCCUUUGACGAAGAGGAUGAAGAGGACGAAGAGGAUGAAGACUGAUCCUCCGGACGACGUUCAAACGUGAUGUUCUUUUAACCCGCAAACGAAUAUUAUGACAUUUUUAUUCAUUCAUCCAUUCGUGUGUCUACUCUUAACGCAAAGCAUAUCAAUAGAAACUGGGCAAUGAUAGUUAAUGUUAUUUAAAUCUGUCAAUAAAUGAACUGCUGAGUUUUAUAUCGGGUUGAAUUUAAUGAAAUCUGAGAAAUAAAGCUGUGAAAAUGUAAA